GAUGAGGAACAGAGAGCGACAGUACGUUACAACAAGAACCUCCUCCCACUCCUCACACACCCAGUCAGCCUCUCACACACAGCUUGAAUUAUUCAUUGAUGCUCAAGAAAAGAUUAAACCAGGAUCAAGGUGAUGUGGUGAAGCCUGGGAAUGAGAGGGAGAGGGAGCCAGUGACUGUGGAGAGACAGACUUGUGUCACAGUCACCCUCAGCUCUGAGCAGCUCCUAACACAAAGCUAUCCUGACUUUCCGUCAGCGGAGGGUCCUGGGGUGGGGAACAGUCCAGCAGCUCAUCCCUGUCCCCUCUCUCACUCCCUCUCCAUAACUGAAAGAUCCUUCGAGGGGAAACGAGGAGAACUCAGGAUCCCAACAGAGCGGCUGGGAAGCAGCAGAGGGAGGUCAAACUGUUUCACAACGAAAGUCUAUGGAUCAGUGAGGGUGUGAAAUUCCAAAGAAGGAAGUCUUGGCAUCUCCGAAUUACAAUCCGCAGUGGAACUUUCCAGAAGCUGGUCAACUGCAAUAUAUUAGAUGUCAGGGAAUUGAUGCCAGGAGGAAGAGAAAAUCGAUGGAAAACCAACUCUGACCGGGAGAUUGUCAUCUCAUUGGCUCCCAGGACUGACUGAUCAGCCAAUCAGAACAUCUGUCUGAUGUAGCAAACAGCCAGGAAAAGACAACCGGAAUCCUGUCUCCCAGAACAUCUGCACCAACACUGGGAAAAACAUCUGGAAUCCUGUCCCCCAGAACAUUCGCACCAACACUGGGAAAAACAUCUGGAAUCCUGUCCCCCAGAACAUCCGCACCAACACUGGGAAAAACAUCUGGAAUCCUGUCCACAUCCACACCAACACUGGGAAAAACAUCUGGAAUCCUGUCUCCCAGAACAUCCGCACCAAAGCUGGGAAAAACACUUGGAAUCCUGUUCCCCAGAACAUCUGCACCAACUCUGGGAAAACCAUCUGGAAUAAUAACAACUGAUCUUCCCUCUGACCAAGAAUCCAAUCGAAGUGGAGACUUCCUGAAUCACCCCAGAUGGAAUAGGAGUCUCCCCCUCUGAAUGAGAAUCCAAUCGGAGUGGAGACUUCCUGAAUCACUGCCAGACGGAUCGGGAUUCUCCCUCUCGGAGUAAGGCCCAGUCGGAGUGAUGAGUUUGUUCACUUUGUUGUCUCUUCAGGCCCUAUGGACGACCCUGUCUCUCGCCGGCCAUCACUUCCCAUCCUGGGGUCACUACGAUCUGUGUAAGACUCAGGUUCACUGGGACCAGGGGGUGAGUUGGGAUUACAUGGCCUGUCAGCCUGAGGCUACUCUCCUCACCAGGUUCCUGAAGAUCAGGUUGGAUCCCCCAAACAGUACGUGUGGAGAGACCCCUGAGAUGUACUGCACGCUGGAGAACCCAUACAUGUGCAACAAUGAGUGUGAUGCUCGCACGCCCGAACUCGCACACCCACCCGAGCUGAUGCUGGAUGAUGAGGGGCGAGUUCCCAACACCUUUUGGCAGAGUGUGUCCUGGAGACAUUUCCCCAAUCCGCUCCUGGUCAACAUCACCCUGUCCUGGGGCAAGAGCAUCGAGCUGACCGAGGACAUCGUCAUCACCUUCGAAUCGGGCCGUCCGGAGCAGAUGGUCCUGGAGAAAUCUCUGGACCAUGGGCGGACUUGGCAGCCCUACCAGUUCUACGCAGCCGACUGCCUCAACUCCUUUGGGAUGGAGUCGAGAAGCGCCCGGGAUCUGAGCCCAGCCUCAGUUCUGGACAUCAUCUGCACGGAGGAGUAUUCCAGGGUCUACGUGUGGAAGUUGGAGAACAUGGUCCGAUUCGAGAUCCAGGAACGUUUCGCCUUGUUCGGGGGGCCCCGUCUCCGUGACAUGGCCUCGCUCUACGGCCGACUGGACACCACCAAGGACCUGAGGGACUUCUUCACCCUGACUGACCUACGGCUCAGGCUGCUUCGUCCGGCCACUGGCCCCACCAGAGUUGACCCACUCAACCUGUCCAAAUAUUUCUACGCCAUCUCCAAUCUGGACAUCCGGGGGCGGUGCAAGUGUAACCUUCAUGCCAACAACUGUAUCUUGGAGAAUGGGGAGCUGAGCUGUGAGUGUGAGCACAACACAACGGGGCUGGACUGUGAGAGGUGCAAGAAAGGUUUUCAAGGCCGACCCUGGAGGGCAGGCUCGUACCUCCCAAUCCCCAAAGGGACAGCCAAUGUCUGCCUUCCUGACCCCAACACAAGUGGCCCUGACUCAAACCGGGGUCAAACACAGCAAAGUAUCUCAGCACGAGGGGGCGAGAAGACAAAGCAAGGGGGGCACCCUGACCCCCAGAGGGAAGGUCAGCCUGCAGCCGGCGAGUCUGGAAGAAACCUGCCCCAGGGCCGUACCACAGCGCCAACGGCUGAACCAGCAGAGAGAGGGACUUCUGCCCCUCAGUGGGAGGACGUUCAGCCCUCGAGAGCUGCCAGCCAACCUGUGCCGGCCGGGCCAGGGCUCAGCCGUGGGCACUGCCGGGACUGCCAGGAGGAGCAGGAAGAAGAGCGAUGGCGGCCGGAGACAGACUGUAAGUGUAACCCUGAUGGCUCACUCCACCAUCACUGUAAUGACACGGGACAUUGUGACUGUAAGGAUGGUGCAACAGGGCCCAAGUGUGACAAGUGCCUGCCUGGAUAUUACUGGCACAGGGGCUGUCAAGCGAGGGUGUGUGAUAACUUGCUGACGCGAUGUGAGAAUGGAGGAGUGUGUGAGGACAAUGGGAGGUGUCUCUGUCCCACUCCCUACACCGGCCUCCUGUGUGAGAAAGUCCAAUGCAGGAAGGGAGUGGGGGGAUGUGUCUCCCAAUCCCCCCGAGACCCCACCUUACACCGGAUGCUGCUCUUGCUGACUGUGCUGCUAAUCGCCGCUAAUGACCGUGUACCGCUCUGACCAGCUUCCAGUGCCAAGGACGCUCACAGGAAGGUGCGGAGAGCACCGGAGAAUCCAGGGUUUACUGCCUCGCUGUUAAAACACGCUCCCUUCCCCCACAUAUCCCCACCCUAGGAAAGACAAGCUGGAUCGGAAACCUGAACCCAGAGACCCAGCCCGACUGGAACUCAGAUCGUGGACGGAAUCAGCGGUUAGUGGGGACUGGACUCUCUGACUCCCUGCGGAUCUGAGGCAGCAGCUAAUAUUCAUUCUAUAACCACCUGCCACUCAUCCCGUGUUCAGCUUCGAGACAAAGGAACAAAGGAGGGACUUGCAUUUCUCUAGCGGCUUUCACCAGCUCAGGACGUCCCAAAGCACUUUACAGCCAUUGAAGGACAUUUUAGCAAAUAACAAUGUGUUAAUGACCAGAUAACCUGUUUGUGACGUUGUGUAAGGGAUAAAUAUUGACCAGGACACCAGGGAGAACUGUCCUGCUUUUCUUGGAAACAGUGAUGUGACCGAUCUGAUAGGACAGGAGGCCUCGGUUUAACGUCUCAUCUGAAAGAUGGAAACUCCAAUAGUGAAUUUCUCACUCCCUCCCGCUUACAGUUUAUACUCGCUCAGUCUUUCUGCUGCUCUCUCCGAGUGAGGGGUCACUGAGUGGGGACCCGGCCUCUCUGUCAAUGCAUCAAAACCGGAGGAAUAUGAGGGGCAGUUUCGUGUUCCCCACAUCCUGGGCAUUGCUGAGCAUUCCUGGCACUUGUGAUAAAGCAGCAUUUCCUCUGUAUUGUCCCUCCGAGAGUGCAGGGUCCCCUCAGUACUAACCCUCUGAAUGUGAGCAUUUCCUCAGUACUGACCCUCUGACAGUG